AUGCCUACUGAAAUCGAGCCAGUGGGUCAUAACCACUCAACCACAAUUGGGCUUAGUGGACCAUUUCGAAAGUAUGAAGAUGUUGUCGAUGAGGCUCCGGGUAGUCCAUGGGCUAAGAAGACAGUGUUGACUUUUGAUGGUGGAGGAGUGCGUGGUUACUCCAGCCUCUUAGUCUUGAAAUCUCUGAUGUUAAAGAUUAAGGAGAUUGAGAUGGAGGAUUCUGGCGGGAAAAUAUGCUCAAGUAGCGACUACUCGUGGAUGGGGACCAAUCCUUCCAAGAAAUCUGCCUCUAAUGAAAGCACCCUUAAUGACUUCUUACCUUGCCAUUAUUUUGACUAUAUAGCAGGCACUUCCACAGGAGGUUUGUCGGCCAUCAUGCUUGGUAGACUUCGCAUAAGCGUGGACGAAGCUCUUGAGCAAUAUAAGCUGUUUGGUAACAGUGUAUUCGGAAAAGCAAGGCGGUUGCACCUGAUGAUUUCCGGUGUCCCCAGAGCCAAAUAUUCGUCAAAGAAAGCUAAAAAUGCGUUCCGAGAUAUUAUUCGGAAUAGUAUGGGAAAAGACGGCCAGAAGCCAGAAGAAUAUCAAGCCGAAAUGGAGCUAUUCCAGUAUCGUAAAGACCGGACUCGGACUAUCGUAUUUUCUUUCUCGAUAGAUAGGAAUGAAGGCCUCGAAAUGGCAUACCUGUGGAGAAGUUACGAUCAUGAGUAUGAGGGCGAUGGAUCUGACGACCCCUAUAAGCCCAUGAAUCCUUCCCCUGCCCACACGACACCAAUAUGGCAGAUUGCACGCGCAACCUCCGCUGCCCCGACGUUCUUCGCACCUAUUAAGAUAGGUGGUAAAGAACAUUUCGAUGGCGGUAUCUUUGCCAAUAACCCCUCUUCUAUUGUUCUCCACGAAGUCCGGGCACUGCAUGGUUAUCCCCCUAAACUAUUCAUCAGUAUAGGCUGUGGCCUGGAGAGCAGAGGGAACGUAAGUACGCCGACAGGAAAUCCCGAAAUCGAUACUUGCAAUAGUCAUGUUGUGGAUUCUGACAAGGGGGAAAUGAAGGGUGGGAAGAGGUGGUUUAGUUUCGCUCGUGGCCUUAAACAUUACUUGACUGACACUGAAGGUAGAUAUGGUUUCCAGGGGUGGAAUAACGAAUGCAUCAGGCAACAUAUCGAGCAUCGAUUGAGGCUAAAUGUCGAGGGAGGACUCUCUACUGUUGCUAUAGAUGCUUGGGAUCCACCGGAUUCCGGCAGUUCAACACUUGAUCAAAUCAGGAACGAAACAGACAACUAUCUAGCUCAGGAUAUUAUCAAGGAGAAGAUUGCCAAAAUGGCAAGAGAACUGGUCAACAUCAGACGCGAGCGGGCAGAAACAGAACCCUGGGAGUCAUUUGCCUUAGAUGUGACCUACUAUUGUCCUAAGCCCAGCUGUCAACUUCGCCGAAAAACUAGGGGGAAAACGAUCUUUACGCAUUCAAACACGAGCCUCAAUAGCGCAUUCUUACUAUAA